CGAGCUGAGCUGAGUGAGGCGGGCGGGUCGAGCGGCAGCGGCGUCUGUGCACGGUGAUGAGCUGAGAAGCUGGUCGGCAUGUGGAGCACCGCGCGUCGUCGCUGCUCAAUUUGAGGUCGUUUUCAAGCGCAGGAGGAUUCUGAGGGGACAUGAGUAACAGCGUCGGCUCUAAGGCGGAAGGCGCGGCCCGGCCGGCCGCCACGCCCGAUGGCCCGGUCUCGGCCUCCGCCAGCCUGCCGCAGCAGAUGCCGGCCGAAGGGCCUCCCUCGUCGCUGACGGACGUCACUGAGAUGUGGGUGAAAUUUGGCAAGACCUUCGCCGCCAUCUUGCCCAUCUACAUCCUGGGCUACUUGGAAUUCAGCUUCAGCUGGGUGCUCAUCGGACUGGCCGCCUUGUUCUACUGGAGGAGAACUCACGGCAGCAAGGACUACAGGAUCAACCACGCCCUGGCCUUCCUGGACCACGAGGACAAAGUGGUCAAGCGGACGCCGGCCACCGCCGAGCUGCCGUCGUGGGUCCACUAUCCAGAUGUGGAGAGGGUGGAGUGGCUCAAUAAGACGGUGAAGCAGAUGUGGCCGUUCAUCUGCCAGUUUGUGGACAAGUUGUUUCGGGACAGCAUCGAACCGGCGGUCAAGGGGGCCCACCCGCAUCUCAGCUCCUUCUGCUUCUCCAAGAUCGACAUGGGCGACAAGCCGCUGAGGGUGAAUGGAGUCAAAGUGUACACGGAGAACGUAGACAAGCGGCAGGUCAUCAUGGACAUGCAGAUCAGUUUUGUGGGCAACACGGAGAUCGACGUGGACGUCAAGAAGUACUACUGCAGGGCGGGAAUAAAGAGCAUCCAGCUUCACGGAGUGAUGCGUGUGGUGAUGGAGCCCCUCUUGGGAGACAUGCCUCUCAUUGGCGCGCUCUCCGUCUUCUUCCUCAAGAAACCUUUUCUGGACAUCAACUGGACGGGUCUGACCAACGUGCUGGAUAUUCCCGGGCUCAACGCUUUAUGCGACAACCUGAUCCAGGACAUCAUCUACAGCUUCUUGGUGCUCCCCAACCGCAUCACCAUCCCUCUGGUGGGCCAGGCUCAGCUGGAGAACCUCCUCUUCCCUGUGCCCAAGGGCAUCCUGCGCAUCCAUUUCAUCGAGGCCCAGGACCUUCUGGGCAAGGACAAGUUCCUGGGCGGCCUCAUCAAGGGCAAGUCGGACCCUUAUGGGAUCAUACGGGUGGGAAAACAGCUCUUCCAGAGCAAAGUCAUCCACGAGACGGUCAACCCCAAGUGGAAUGCCGUCUUCGAGGCUGAGGUCAUGGACCCCGAGGGACAAAACGUGGAGGUCCAGUUGUAUGACGAAGACACGGACAAGGACGACGUGCUGGGAAGCGUCACCAUCGACCUGGGCGAGCUUGUUAAAGAGCAAAAAGUGGACGAGUGGUUCAGUCUGGACGACGUGGCUUCGGGCAAGUUGCACCUGAAGCUGGAGUGGCUGUCACUGCUAUCCACACCUGACAAGCUGGACCAGGUUCUGGCCGACAUCCGCGCCGACCGCGCCAAAACCAACGGCGGCCUCUCCUCUGCGCUGCUCGUCGUCUUCUUGGACUCGGCCCGCAACCUGCCGGCCGGGAAGAAAGUGACCAGCGACCCAAGUCCGUUUGUCGAGCUCAAAGUGGCUCCCAAGUCCCACGAGAGCAAGACGCGCUACAAGACCCACGAGCCGGUUUGGGAAGAAGCUUUCUCCUUCCUAAUCCACAACCCCAGGAUUCAAGACCUGGAGGUGGAGGUGAAGGACGCCAAACACGACGACUGCAGCCUGGGCAAGCUGGUUCUGCCGCUGAGCCACCUGCUGGGGGCCGAAGACAUGACGCUCAACCAGCAGUUUCCCUUGCGCAGCAUGGGACCAAGUUGCAGCCUCAAGAUGAAGAUAGCGCUGCGGGUGCUGCACCUGGGCAGAGAUGACGCCGCCGCUGCGUCCUCGGGCGCUGAGCGCAACCGGGCCUCGUCGGUCGACCCCGUGUCGCCGGACAGGGCGGAAGACAUCCUGCGCUCGCAAUCGGUGUCGGGGCCGGAGGCGGCUCUGCGGCGGCGGCAGCGGGAGGCACAGGAGGGUGGCACCCUUGCCGAGCAUGGCCGCAGUGCGUCGCAGGCGGCCAUCUUGGAAUCGCAACACUUUCUGGGGGGGGACAAGGAGGCUACGCCCAGCAUCGCCUCGGAUAUUUCCAACCCCUACGCCGCUCAGGAGCUGCAGCAGAGACUCCAGCAGAUGCAGAAUGGUUCUGGUCCCAGCUACUUUCCGCUGGGGGAGAUCCAGCUGACGCUGAGACAUAGCUCCCAAAGGAACAAGCUAGUGGUGGUGGUCCACGGCUGCAGGAACCUGAUCACGUUCAGCGAACACGGGUCCGACCCGUACGUGCGCCUCUACUUGCUUCCUGACAAGAGACGCUCGGGAAGGAGAAAAACUCACACCUUCAAGAAAACGCUCAACCCCGUUUAUGAUCAGACCUUCGAGUUCAACGUGUCUCUGGUGGAGCUCCAUAGGAGGGUUCUGGACGUGGCUGUCAAGAACAGCGGAGGGCUGCUCUCCAGACACAAGGGUCUGCUGGGGAAGGUUGUGAUCCGAUUGGGCCCCGAAGAUGCCGCCAAGGGAUGGACGCAGUGGUAUGAGCUGAGCGAGGACGGCCACCAGAAGCCUCAUCAGCUCUAACGCUGCAAUUGGCUUGCUUCCUUUUGUUAGCUUUAGCGUGCAGCGGCAAAGCAGAGCUCGACUUUGAGGCGAGCUCUCACUAUUUAUGAUGGCCACGUGUCCUUUUUUUGUGACUGCACAGCGACAUGAUGUGGCUGCAUUGCGUCGUCGUUUGUUUCUUUAUCAUGUCUGCCAUCUACGCAAAAGGGCCAAAUUGAGAUCAACCUUUCUGGGACAAAUGCUUGGACUAGAUCAGUGGUUCUUGACCUUGUUGGAGGUACCGAACUCCGCCAGUCUCAUAUGCGCAUUCACCGAACCCCUCUUUAGCGAAAAAUUACAAAAAAAAAAAAUCAAAUUCAAGACAUUUGUACUGGUGCACAAAAUGAGCCAUGCAUGAACAUUGCCUUGUUCAAAGAACAAGACAUACACAAUGCAUGAACUCACAACAAAUUACGUACCUACAAAUCAGUGUGACUUCUGCUGUUGACUUUGCCAGACCAGUUCAGAUAAGCGUCAUCACAAAUUUACAUGAUAGAUCAGGUGUGUUCGGACCUCCACAGUGCAGGCUCUGCCGAACCCCCGAGACUGACUCACCGAACCCCUAGGGUUCGAUCGCACCCAGGUUAAGAACCACUGGACUAGAUAGAAGAGGCAUAAUUCAGGGAUUGUAAAAGUUUUAUGAUACGACAAUCGUGGUCAUUGAGGAGAUUUUGGCCUGGUUUCUUGGAAAAUGACCCUAACUCCUCCCCCCCACCUCUUUCAAACUUGUAUUAUUUUUCUGUUGUGUUUCUUAAGUUUCACUGGCUUUAUCUGCUGUUUCUUUAUUUUGCAUGGCGUUGCUUGUUUGGAAAGAUGUUCUGCUGAAAGGAGUGAGCACCACCCUGCAAAAUCAGCAAGUUGUUUUAAAGGUGACUUUUUAAAAAAAAAAUCAUAACAAACAUGUAUAAAUGAAGCGCUAUAUCUUGCCUUCAUCCAUAUGUACAAAUUUUGCAGUUUAGAAAAAUAAAUAUCGCCAGUGAGUAACAGCACCACCCAGUGGCAAUUAUGCCCUAUAGGUUUUUUUAUGCAACAGCAAUUUCGUAUUGUUUCGAUAUUUACUUGUAAAGCUUUAAGUUACUGUAUUCAUUUUUGUGUAGUGCUUUUUUGUCAUAACUAAGCAUUUAAACCAAAAUGAGUGAAAGGGCAAGUCUUAUUUUGAAAUGUGUCCUGUUUGAAAACGCCUCUUCGAAUGAGACCGACUGAGGCAGGCUUGAGUCUCUUUCCUGUUGUGCCUUAGGUCGAAUGUCAUGAAACCGGCGAACGGCUCACCUCCGUCAACUUGGAAAAGAAUAAAAAAAGAUGAGAGCAGAAAAA